AUGCAGGAGACUGAAAUGGCAUACCGAGCCUUCCCCGGUUCGUCUGCAUUCUCCGAAUUCCGUCUCAAACGAAUCGCAGCCGCCAUCGGAGCUAAGGAGUUGCAGUCGAUAUGGGUGCACUACGUUGCGUCUCAUGAGGAACUUCGGGCAGAUCAGAUCUCCGUGCUGGACCAGCUACUUGAAUAUGGAAGCUAUCCUGAUCCGAACAACAAGCUGUACGGCGCUUUACUUAAGGCAGUAAUCCACGGCCAUUUGCCCGAAGACGCACGCAUCCAAGUCUUCUUUGUCACGCCGCGAGCAGGCUCAAUAUCACCCUGGAGUUCCAAGGCUACUAGUAUUGCACAUGUCUGUGGACUCGAAGAUGUGGUCAAGCGCGUUGAAAGAGGUCUCGUCUUCGUUGCGCGAUUCGACGAGAUCUCCAAGGAUGGAUCAAUCCCGAGUCCGGACUCCCUCUACGAUCGCAUGACGGAAAGCAUCGGCACGCAGUCGCCAGAUCUGGAUGCCAUGUUCGCACAACUUCCGCCAGCCCCGUUGCAGAGAGUCCAGCUGCUGCAGAACCCUGCAGGACCGAGAGCCGCGCUUGAAGACGCGAACAAGACCCUUGGACUUGCUCUCGACGGAUCUGAGAUGGACUACUUGAUCGAUGCCUACACCAACCAGCUCAAACGUGAUCCGACCGACGUCGAACUGUUCAUGUUCGCGCAGGUCAACUCCGAGCACUGCAGACACAAGCAGUUCAACGCCAACUGGACGAUCGAUGGAAAGGACAAAUCUCGUAGCUUGUUCUCCAUGAUUCGAAACACGCACAAUUUGCACCCACAGCAUGUCAUAUCGGCAUACAGCGAUAACGCGGCCGUUCUGCAGGGUAAUGCGGGAGGCCACUGGGCGCCAGAUCAUUCUUCUGGCGAGUGGAAGCAGAUCAAGGAGGAUGUGCACUACCUGGCGAAAGUGGAGACUCACAACCACCCGACUGCGGUCUCACCAUAUCCUGGAGCCGCUACAGGAUCAGGUGGUGAAAUCAGAGAUGAAGGCGCAGUCGGCAGAGGUUCAAAGCCAAAGUCCGGCCUCGCUGGCUUCAGCGUAUCCGACCUGUUGAUCCCGGGAUACGAGCAGCCAUGGGAAUUGGAUAUUGGUAAGCCUGCUCAUCUCGCGAGCAGUCUCGACAUCAUGCUCGAAGCUCCAAUCGGAAGUGCAGCCUUCAACAACGAGUUCGGCAGACCAUGCACGACCGGGUAUUUCAGGACUCUUUCGAUGAAUGUGCCCGUGGACGAGAACAAGACUGAGGUAAGGGGAUACCAUAAGCCGAUCAUGAUUGCUGGAGGUGUUGGUACUGUUCGACCGGAGCACGCACUGAAGACCAAGGGGCUUGUCAGUACUGGCGCUCACUUGAUUGUUCUUGGAGGCCCGGCAAUGCUCAUUGGAUUGGGUGGUGGCGCAGCGUCCAGUAUUCAGUCCGGAGAAGGCAGCGUUGAUCUUGACUUUGCCAGUGUCCAGCGUGGAAACGCCGAAGUGCAGAGACGAGCACAAGAGGUCAUCAAUACAUGCACAUCACUUGGAUCAGAAAGUCCAAUCCAGCUCAUUCACGAUGUGGGAGCUGGAGGUCUCUCCAAUGCUCUUCCAGAGUUGGUCGAAGACGCAGGGUUUGGUGCGCGUUUUGAGCUGCGAGAAAUCGACAAUGCCGAUCCGAGCUUGAGCCCACUUCAGAUUUGGUGUUGUGAGGCCCAAGAACGGUACGUGAUGGCUGUCGCGCCGGACAAGCUGGAUGUGUUCACAAAGAUCGCGAAGCGUGAACGUUGUGGCUACUCGGUUGUCGGUCAAGCUGUACAAGAAAAGCGCCUGGUAUUGAUGGACCGAGACUCUCAAGACGAGCCCAAGCCAAUCGACCUUCCAAUGGGCAUUCUCUUUGGCAAGCCUCCCAAGAUGCACCGAACGGUCGACUCGCGGAAGCUUCGCAUCCCGAGCUUCGACAGCUCGCUCUCCAAAUAUUUACCGGACAUUGCUCCUGGCGAGGUCCUCAACCAUCCCAUCGAUCGUGUAUUGGCGCUUCCAGCUGUGGGCUCAAAGUCGUUCCUCAUCACGAUUGCAGAUCGCACUGUCGGCGGACUGACAGUCAGAGAUCAGAUGGUUGGCCCUUGGCAAACUCCCGUCGCUGAUGUUUCGGUCACCGCAACGUCCCUUACUCCUGGCAUCACCACGGGAGAAGCCAUGGCUAUGGGCGAGAAGCCUACGUUGGCUCUCAUUUCGCCUGCUGCAUCUGCACGGAUGGCAGUGGCAGAGUCACUCCUUAACAUUGCCGCUGCCAGUAUCCCCAAUAGACUCAGCAAAGUCCGACUCUCGGCGAAUUGGAUGGCUGCCAGUGGUCACCCUGGUGAGGGUGCUGCGCUGUACGAGGCUGUCGAAGCCAUCGGCAUGCAGCUUUGUCCCGAGCUGGGCAUCUCAAUCCCAGUUGGCAAAGACUCCAUGUCAAUGAAGACGAAGUGGGAGGGCAAAGAGGUCACUGCACCGUUAUCACUCGUCAUCUCUGCAUUUGCGCCAGUCAACGACCUUAGCAGUACCUGGACCCCAGCACUCAGGAGACCUGAAGAUGUGGGCGAGACUCUGCUCAUGUUCGUUGACCUGGCUGGUGGCAAGAAGGCGAUGGGCGGAUCAGCGCUUGCACAGUGCUUCAGCCAAGUUGGUGAUGUCGCUCCUGAUGUUCAUGAUGUGGAUGAUAUCAAGGACUUCUUCCAUGCUGUGGAGCAACUCCACGAGUCCGACAUCGUACUUGCUUACCACGACCGAUCAGAUGGUGGACUGUUCACGACCUUGGCGGAGAUGAUGUUUGCUGGACGCUGUGGUCUUGAUGUGAUGCUUGACCGGAUUGUGACAUCGGGCAGGCCGAAGGACCUGAUCGAGACGUUGUUCAACGAAGAACUUGGCGCCGUCUUCCAGAUCCGCAAGAAACAUGAGAAUGUCUUCCGUGGAGUCUUCGCGCCAAUGAAGCCGAUCACCAUCGCCACUGUACCGAAGGCGCCUCGCCAAGACGUUGCCAUGUACUAUGGUGCAGAUUGCGUCUACCGCGCUUCACGGAAAGAGUUGCAACAGAAAUGGGCACAUACAUCUUGGGCCAUGCAAAAGUUGAGAGACAAUCCUGACUGCGCCGAUGCUGAAAAGAAAAACAUUGAAGACGACCAAGAUCCGGGCUUACGGUUCAAGCUUACCUUCAAGCCCGAGGAGAACAUUCUGCCAUGGUCAACGACUCUCACAUCCCAAAUCAGAGCGAAGCCGAGAGUCGCGAUUCUCCGUGAGCAAGGUGUCAACGGUCAAGCGGAAAUGGCAUUCGCGUUCUCCGUCGCAGGCUUUACUCCGAUUGACGUUCACAUGACUGACAUCCUAUCUGGACGCUUCUCGCUCGCUUCCUGCGUCGGUCUGGCCGCGUGCGGCGGGUUCAGCUACGGUGACGUGCUCGGAGCCGGUCAAGGCUGGGCAAAGAGUGUUCUGCUGCACGAGAACACGAAGAACGAGUUCAAAGCGUUCUUUGAACGCAAAGACACCUUUGCACUCGGAGUCUGCAACGGAUGCCAAUUCCUCUCUCGCCUCACGGAGAUCAUCCCUGGUGCUGAGACGUGGCCCACGUUUGAGCGCAACGCCAGCGAGCAAUACGAAGCCCGCGUGUGCAUGGUCGAAGUCGCCAACACACCCUCGCAGCCUCCAAGUGUGUUCCUCCACGGCAUGGAAGGUAGCUACCUGCCCAUCGUCACGGCCCACGGCGAAGGUCGCGCCAACUUCUCCGCUACGGGCCAGUCAUCGCCGCAAUCGCUUAUCGAUCAAGGCUUGGUCUCGAUGCGCUAUGUUGACAACUACCUCAAGACUACCGAACGCUUCCCGUACAACCCCAACGGUAGCCCAAUGGGUAUCACCGCCGUGAGGACACCUGACGGAAGAGUCCUGGCGAUGAUGCCGCAUCCUGAGCGCACCAUUCUCAAGGACGUUGCGAGCUAUAUUCCGCGUGAACAGGCAAAGGAGUGGGGCGAAUAUGGACCUUGGACGCGGAUGUUCAAGAGCGCAAGGCGAUGGGUUGGUUGAAGCAGGAUACGCAUGGAAUGAUUCUCGGCUUGUUGAGGAGGUGUUCUGU